GAUCGCUGGUUCCCACAUUAUUGUCUCUGCCUCCACGAUGGCUGUUCGUCUAGCAGUGAGCUCUGCAGAAAGAAUUGGAUUUGCUUUCCUGCGGCCCACUACAGUGGCUGUGGACCUCCGGAGAGGGGCAGUGGGUAAUGCUGCUGCUGUCCCUGUCCAGGACAGUCACAGGAAGCUCAAGACUGUGGCUGACCUCCCAGAGAUCACAACCCUUACGACGUUGUACAGAAUGUUCUUUAAAGGGUUCCUGAGUCGCAUGCAUGAGCUACAGAUAUAUGAAAAGCAGAUUUAUGGCCCCUUGUACAGAAUGAACGCUGGAAACUUUCACUCCAUUUCACUAUGCAGUGUGGAUCUAGUUGAGGAGCUCCUCAGAAAAGAUGAGAAGUUUCCUUCCAGAGGAGACAUGUCUCUGUGGACAGACUACCGUGACAUGAAAGGCAUCGGCUAUGGCCCUUUCACAGAAGAAGGAGAUAAAUGGUACAAACUGCGGGCUGUGUUGAACAAACGCAUGCUGCAUCCCAGGGACUCUGCUCAGUAUGGUGAUGUAGUCAAUGAGGUCGUCACAGAUUUCAUCAAAAGGAUUUACUUUCUGCGUGAGAUGAGUCCCACUGGUGAUCUGGUCUCUAACUUGUCCAAUGAGCUUUAUCGCUUCUCUCUUGAAGGAAUCUCAUCCAUUCUGUUUGAAACACGCAUUGGCUGCCUGGAGAAAGAGAUUCCCACAGAGACACAAGAUUUCAUUGACUCUAUUGCCAGAAUGUUUACCUACAGCAUGCCUGUGGUGUUGCUGCCAAAAUGGACCCGAAAUUACUUGCCAUUUUGGCGAUGGUACCUCAGUGGUUGGGAGGGCAUUUUUAAGCUUGCUUGCAAACUGAUUGACAUGAAGAUGGCGGCCAUUCAGAAGAGAGUGGAUACAAAUGAGGAGGUUGCAGGGGAGUACCUCACCUACCUGCUUUCCAAUGUCAAGAUGACCAAUAAAGAUAUUUAUGGAAGCAUUUCUGAGCUGCUAUUGGCUGGAGUGGACACAACCUCCAACACUAUGAUGUGGACCCUAUAUCUUCUCUCGAGAGAUCCAGAAGCUCAAGAAACUCUGUAUCAGGAUGUAAGCAGAAUCUUACAGGGUGACAAAAUCCCAACAGCACAGGAAGUGAACAGCAUGCCUUACCUCAAAGCUGUCAUCAAGGAAGCACUAAGGAUGUACCCUGUAGUCCCCAUAAAUUCCCGUAUCAUGGCAGAGAAUGAUGUGGUCAUCGGUGGACAUUUUUUCCCUAAAAAGACAACAUUCACUCUUUGCCACUAUGCAAUCAGCUAUGAUGAGGAGGUCUUCUCAGAACCACGGAGGUUCAAACCUGAACGUUGGCUUCGAGAUGGCAGAGCGAGACCUAACCCAUUUGGGUCAAUCCCAUUUGGCUUUGGAGUAAGAGGCUGUGUUGGCCGUCGCAUUGCUGAAUUAGAGAUGUAUCUGGCUUUGGCAAGGAUAAUCAAGUUAUUUGAAAUCAGACCUGACCCAACUGUUGGCGAAAUUCAAGCACUCAAUCGCACAGUGCUUGUUGCAGACAGACAAGUUAAUCUUCACUUUGUGGAAAGACAGAAAACAUCUUCUCAACAAUAGUGAAAGAAGACCACUAGUGCUCAAACAUUACAUGUAAAUUUUGCUCAUAUGAAAAUGAUGGGCUGCAGUGAAUCAUGUGAAUAUGUCAAGCUCUUAACCUCUCUCUAAAUGUGAUUCUGUUGUGCUUUGGAAUAUGCAAUAUAAAAGACCUUUUACAACACUGUGAACAAUUCUGUUUUCCAAAUUUUGUAUAGCUUUGCCAUAAAAUUGUUCUUUGUGCUUUGUAUUUCAUUAUGCUGAUAUACAUGAAUGUAUUUUAUGAACUUGGGAAAAAAAUCUAAUAAACUUUUUAAGCAAU